AACGCUUUUUAUGAAUUAAACAGGUGUUGUAUUAUCUACUAUCUCAAGAAAAAAAAGAUAGCUGUAAAUAAAUGUUUUUAAAAAAAAUAUUAAUGCUAAUAUCUUUAAAACUGUAAUUUUUUUGAAUAUUUCCUUAGCAAAAUCAUUAAAACACCAUGGUCAAGCUGAUUUAUUUCUUAGCAUUUUUUAUAACUGCUUUAUACCAAUAUGCUGCAGCAACUGAUAAAUUUAAAUUUGAAGAUUGCAGCAAAGGCUAUAAAAGUAUUAUUACUGUAGGCAAAUUUUCCGUUAAACCCGAACCCAUAUCAUUGAGUCGCAACGUUACAGUGUCCGGUAACUUAAUCCUCCACAAAGAUAUUCCGGAAGGCGCUUUGCUCAAAACUAAGUUUUACAAGGUAAAAUACUUGCUUGGACUCCCAAUAAGCAUUCCUGUACCUUGUGUAUUUGGCUAUGGAUCAUGCACAGUUGAGCUUUGUUCGUAUUUAAAUGCAACAAGGGAACAAACUUGCCCGUUCUUUCCAACGGGUGAGGAGUGUGAGUGCCCAGUGAGAGCAAAUUCAUACAGCGUUUCAAAGGUUGUCAUGCAAGCACCAGACAUUGGUCCACUCGGAAAGUAUCUAGCGUCAGGACAUUUUACAAAGGAAAUAAGAAUAGUGACGAAAAAAGCCUCUAAAGAGAUAGCCUGCAUUUCUUUCAGUGGAAAAAUGGUAGCCUGAUGUAGAUCUAUUCUCUUCAUGGAUUGUGAACAAAUCUUCAUGUGAAUCUUUAAAGGUUUAUAAAUGUAAACAUAAUCUUUAAAUAAACAAGUAGACUUUGCAA